AUGAAGGCUUCCAAGAUUGAAGAAUCGUCAGAUGGUAACUAUGUGUAUCUUGACAACAAGAAAUUCGUCAAAAGUGACCUUAUCAAGGCCUUUGGUGGUGCCAUGAACCCAGGUUGGGCUGUCCCUUCGGUACACAAGUUUGGGAAUCCCGCCCCACUAGGGUUGAGUGCCUUUGCAUACUGCACGUUUGUUUCCUCCCUAAUCAAUAUCGGUACCAGGGGAACCCACAAUGAUUCCGUCAACACCGGCGCUGCUCUGUUCUACGGCGGGUUCAUCCAGAUGGUAGCCGGUCUUUGGGAGUUUUCACUAGAAAAUGCAUUUGGUGGUUUGGCUUUUUGUUCAUUCGGCGGAUACUGGAUGUCUGCCGCCACCUUGAAGAUCCCCUGGUUCAAUGCUACCGCCUCAUAUGCUACUGAGCACGAGCUGAACAACGCAAUGGGGUUCUUCUAUUUGGGCUGGCUAAUGUUCACCCUCCUACUUGUUUUGUGCACCGUCAAGUCCACGGUCCUGUUUUUCCUUUUGUUUGUUCUUGUUUUCCUUCGACUCAUGUUGCUCACUAUCUUCAGGUUCUACGAUCUACACUCAUGCGAAGUUGGCGCUGGCGUUAUAGGGGUCAUGGCUGCUCUUUUGGCAUGGUACCACGCCUAUGCCGGUUUGGCCACACGCCAAAACUCGUACUACGUCGUUGAUCCUAUUGCCAUGCCCAUAAUAAGCAUGAACGGCUUACGCAGAGCGGCGCCAAAAGACUCACAGGAGGACGACAUCGAGCUGGAAUAA